AUUAUCAACAGAACACAACAGAUUUUGGAAGGAACUACUAAAGACGGCUACAAAAUCAUAUACGGAAGAUUGCUGGAUAGCGAGCCAUCGCACUUUGUUUAUAACGACGUGAUGAAAUUGCUAAAUAUGGUAAUAGAUUUGUGGCUCUAUACGCAGGGUACCUGUAACGGCCACGUAAUAUUAUUCGACAUGAAAAACAUUUCUUUCGGCCACGUUGGCCGUUUGAGUCCCAUGGGACUCAAGAAAUUCCUUUACUAUUUACAAGAGGGUUUGCCCGUUAGGCUGAAGGGUUUCCACUUUAUGAAUGCUUCUCCGGUAAUCGAUGUCAUUCUGAAUAUGAUGAGACCCUUUAUGAAGAAACAACUGAUGGAUAUGGUAAGAUUGUAAUUAAAUUAUAUAUGUA